UAGUCGCCAAUUGUUCAGAAGAGGAACUUUGCGCAGCGCUGCAUUUCCAGCCGGAUGACUUUUGCAGGAGCACCAGGUCAGCGCAAACACUCCGGCACGUAAACGGGCACACAGACAGACAGAGCCGGCUGCUGUUUUCUUCGCAGGAUAAAAUAAAUUAUAUGUAUGUGUUUAGCAUGUGUAUCCGGACCUGUAGCACCGUGCAGCGGGAUAUCUUCAACUGAAUAACUAUAGUGUCGCUCGUAAACAGAAGCUGUCCUGUUUACUAGCCUUAGCUCACGUUAGUUGCUCAUGUCCUGUGUGCAGCGUCCCAAUGCUUUGAAGGACGUAACGUAUAGCUGCAGCAUGUUUGGCUCUUUUGCAUUAAAGUAUCUAUGACCAGUCAAAGUGCUGUCUGGGGGUAAUUUAACAGCAAAGGUGAAUUAUUCCGCUUUUCGCAUAAGUCAUGAAGCAGUUUCUUCGGAAAAUACACAGCAUCUUUGUGAAGCUCGCCCUGUUUCCGAGCACAUUUAGCAGGAAAGGCCCGCGGCCAGCUGCCUCAGAGGUGCUGACCUGCCACCUGCUGCAGCGUAAACUCCCGCCGUGGACUUCAUACUGUGUCCGCUACAGCUCCGUGCAAAAUGACCAGUUCGGGCUGUCCAACUUUAACUGGAUAGUCCAGGGAUCCAACUACCAAAUACUGAGAACAGGUUGCUUCCCUUUUAUAAAAUAUCACUGUACCAAAGCGCCUGUACAGAAUCUGGACUUUGAGAACAAGUUUUUCACCAUGCUGAAAGUUCUUAAUCUGGGUAUACCUUGUUUGGCAUAUGGCAUUGGUUGUUGGAUGGUGGUGGGAGCUGCAGAAACAGUGCAGACAAGUGUUGGACCUGUCACCGUCUAUUUCGCCUACAAAGAAGAAGAAGGUGCACAGUACUAAACCAUGAACUAAACACUAUUUUAAGUGUGUUUUCAAGACUUGACUGUUCAGCUGCUGUAGUUACAACAGUUCCCCAGGUGAUGCUCAGGUGGCGCGACAAACAAAGGUGUCAUCUUGUGUCACAAGUAUUACUAUUGUCUGUCAUGGGUUCAUUUGUGUUUAAUUAUUUAAGAUUUAAAAGUUGCAGAGGAGGAGUCAGUUAUGCAUGUCAUUACACUGACAUACAAUACUGACAUUGUUUGUUCGGAAAGCUGACUUUCCAUUAAAGUUUAAUGUAAAGUUUAGGAUUUCUCCAAGAAUAGACUGACUGCAAAUACACCUUUUCCUGGAUGUUUCACAGUGAUGUUCAUGAAUGUUGUAUCAGCCCACAGUGCAUAUGUCUCCACAGUCAAGACAUUGUGAAACUAUAUUUUUGCAACAAAUAUUAAAGAGUAUGAAAUGACUGAGA